CCUCAAGGAGAAAGACAUGUCGACUUCGGAGAAAGGAAUGACGACGAAUAGUCUAACAAGUCUGUGAUUGUUUGGUCAUGGUUUCUCAGAUCUUCCGUAAGUCGCAAUGAAUGAAGUUCAGGUAAGAGCGGUUGGCACUCCAUCAGUCACUCGGCACCGUCUGUAUCUACAAUCUCAGCCAGUGUGAAUGAGGACGUACCAUGCACCUGGAUAUACGCUGCUUUUUUAGUCCUAGUUUUAUCUAUUUUACUUACUGAGACCUUCAAAUCUGUUCUUUUAAUCUGUGAUCAUGAUUAAAAGUGAAAACAAAAGUGAACGGGCGCUGAGAAGUGCAUCUCCUCACAGGAAUGCCUAUAAAUCAGACUUCCAUUCCAUCAAAUGCUCAUUUGAUGGGAGCGCAUCAAUCAGCUCGACUUCACCCUUCUCCAAUGGAGGCAGUGACACCCAAGGCAGACCGACAGGCAACAAAGUGAGCAAAAUAAAAAAUAUAUUCUUGCAAAUGGAUGGAAAACAGAAUCAAGACAGUCCCAAUAUCAGCAAACCCACGUCACCCAAAUUUCCACUGGAUUCCACCCUUUACAGGUCCAGCCUGAGUAGUGUUACCAGUCUAGAUUCAGCCUCCUUUGAGGCACAGAAAACAGAGGAUGUUUCCAUUGACAAAGCAGCACUAGCUGAGAAGUUCUCAAUGACCAGGAAGCUGUUUGAGAGCGGCCUUAAAGAGCAGUCUCCAACAGAGAGAUCUGGCUCUCCUAAAGUUAUCUGGCCUCAACUAGUGGAGAGACAAGACAGGAAAGUUUCAGUUGCUGGAGAGAGAAAUGACAAAACUAAAGAGGUAGAGAAACAGGCAAAAGAAAGCGAGGACAAGGAAAAAGGAAAAAGUGAAAGUGAGACACCACUACAUAAGCUGAAUAUGUUAAUGAAUGCCGGGCCAAUAUCCAGACGUCUGGAGAGUUUUAUGUUGGACAGUGAUAGUGAAUCGCUGUCAGCUGCUCCUUCCACGGAAUCCCAUAGUCCCAUUAGUCAUUCCCAGUCACCCUCCGCUGCUAGCGACCAUUCGGAUCCCCCUUCAUCACCAGACAGCUGUAGUUCCCCUACCUCUUAUUCACUAUGGGCUGAUUCUCCUGCUGAAAUGUGUUUGCCCAAGUUAAAUGGUUCAGAUUCACACAGUACCCCUUUGAAUGGAGUCUGUACAGAGAAGACAUUACAUAAUACUAGUUCCACAGUUGAAGAACAUAUUAAGUCCUCAGAAGAUACAGUCUCAUCAGAAGCCACUCUUCUGUAUACAAGCGAAAAGUUCCACCACUUGUCUGCAGGGAGUACCACUAGUCAUGCAUCUUUAGCUGAGGAUCCUACAUUUCAAGAGCAGCAAGGUGAAGGCAAGAACACUGAGAAGGUUCCUGGUUUGUCCACGGUCAGAGCUGAGCUGGUGGUGGUGAAGACCGAAUCAUCUGAAAGCGAGGGCAAUGAGGAGGAACAUGUUGAGGAUGAUGUUUUUGAAGAGGCUGGAAGGGCGAACCAAUCCCCAAAUCACAAUUCUGAGAGGGUGUUAACCAACAGCGAGGAGCUCCAAUUAACAUUCCUUGGGAAGGAAUCAAAACAGAGUAUUAGGGAACAUGAGGAGGGAUGGACGGCGUGUGAGGAAUCUGUACAGACUGGAAGAGAGGAAGACCAUAGAAGGGAGGGAAAGUUUCUUGAGGAGAACAUAAUGGAGAAGGAAGACGAGGAGGAGGAGAUAAAAGACAAUGAGGAAGUAGAACUAAAGACAGACCGAACUGAAGAGGAGGCAGUACUGGGGACUGUUAGUGAGCAGAAAGCUACCAAUGUUGAAGAUAAGGAACAGCAGGAUGAACAGAGAGAAGGAGAGGAUGAGGAAGAGGAUGAGGGAGUAGAGGAAGCUGUUGAAGCUUUAGAGGAGGAUGAUGAGGAACGAGAGAUGGAAGAUGUCUUAACAGGAAAAGAGAGGCAACAGCAAGAUGAUCAGGGAUCGAUGGGGAAGAGAUCUUUAAUUUGUGGAAUUGAGAAUGCUGCCUUUGUAGAUGACAAGGACAACAGGACCGAUUUGGAAUGUGAAGUGAAGGAGGAAUUCCAGGAAUCUGAGGAACUUCCAGGACUCUCUGUUGAGGAAGAUCCUACUCCAAAGAGAAAGAUCAAGUUCUCUACAGCACCAAUCAAGGUGUACUUUACCUUCUCUAAUGAAGAUUAUGAUCGAAGGAAUGAUGAUGUGGACCCUGUGUCUGCAUCUGCUGAGUACGAGCUGGAAAAGAGGGUGGAAAUGAUGGAUGCUUUACCUAUAGACAUUCAGAAAGGAAAUGAUGGCCUGGGAAUCAGUAUAAUUGGUAUGGGAGUUGGGGCAGAUCAAGGACUGGAGAAGCUGGGAAUAUUUGUGAAGACCAUCACCGAGGGAGGUGCAGCUCACCGGGAUGGACGAAUUCGGGUAAAUGAUCAGAUUGUGGAAGUAGAUGGAAUCAGUCUGGUUGGCGUCACUCAACUCUUUGCUGCUACCACAUUGAAGAACACCAAAGGUCUGGUCAAGUUUCUCAUUGGUCGGGAGAAACCAGGAGUGGAGAGCGAAGUGGCCCAUCUGAUCAGCGAGACUCUACAACACGAGGCAAGCCCUGAAAACCAGGAGCCAAACGAUGAAGACCACCACAAACCCCAGAACCAUCUGCUACAGGAUGAAAAAACGAUUUCUCGAAUCCAUGACCAACAGGAAAUUGAACCACUGGCUGAAAAGAGUGUUGUGCAACAGAAAAAGACCGAAAAGAAGCAGGGGGCGGAGGAUGCAUCAAAUGACUUGGCACAAGAAGUGUUUUCACAACUGAGCAGCCAAGGCAUUGAUCUACCUGAAGAUAUCGAUCCUGCUGAGCUAGAACAAAAAUUCAAAGAGCUGCAGAUAAAACACAGUGUCACAGUAACAGAACUCAAUCAGUUGAGAGAAAAGCUGCAAGUGAGCGAAGCCGAACGUAAGUCUUGGGAGACUCGAGGUGCAGCUCUUGAAAGGAGUGUGGAAGAGAGCAGGGAGCGCAUUGAAAAGUUGGAAAAAUGCUGGCUUGAUGCUCAGGCCCUCUGUAAAACCAUCAACCAGCGUUUGAGUGAAGCCCAGAGUCAAAAUUAUUCCCUGCAGCUCAAAUACAAUAAGACCAUCACGCUUCUACAGGAGCAUCAACAGAGAGAAGCUGAAGGUGCAAGGAAAGAGGCGGAGCUGAAGAGAAAACUGGAGCAAAAGGAGAGAGAGUACAAGAGCACUGUGAGGCAGUUGCAGCAUAAGAUAGCUUGUCUGGAGGGCCGGACUGGAUCAGACCAGCCAGAAGAGUCUUGCAGCCCUAGUCAACCUAGCAGUCCAAACUCCGGUUCCUCUGAAAGAAAUGGACUAUCUACAGAUGACCUUCACUCUGAUGCAGACUGGGGAGAUGUUCCUCAGACGGCUCGCCUGGACUGCAGUGUCUACAGAGCCAAAGCCAAACUGGCACAGGGAUCUCAGCGCAAACGGCCAUCCCGAAAUAAACUCAGAGAGUCAGCGAGAGUCUCACAGGCACCAAGCCUAGCUCAGGAAUCUAUGUGCAUUCAAGACAACAAACAGGAAAGAUCAAACAGUGAAAGAAGGCGGUCUUACCUCGAGAGCCUAGCCAUACCUGUUCCAUCUAUACAGUUUGGUCAUGACCAUACACGUGAACCAAGAAGUGAAAGCAGAGAUGAUGUAUUCAUUCAGGGCCAAACACCCCAAGGAAGCAGCAGCACACAAACCAGCCUGUCUCCACCUAAAGACUCCUCCGCUCCCCAGUCCCCAUCCUCCUCACAGUCCUCCUCUAGUAUGUUCCUAAACCUGAGAAACCGGAGGAGCAAAGGCAAGGAGCGCAGCAAAAGCAGAGCGAGCAGAGAUGAAGAGAGUGAUGGUUCACCAACGCGAAAGACCAAAAGACGAUUCCCAGAUUUCAGUGGUAUCCGCAGAUCUGGAGGCAAAGGCAAAAAACGGGAGAGCAUCACACUCAGAGGAUCUGUAGGGAGCAGGGGAUCGGGAGAGUUACUGGAUGAGUCCAGCAGCAAUGUUUCCCCCUCUGACUCCAUCUCUUCCAUCCCUUCCUGUAUGCCAUUUUCCUGGUUUGGGGACAGAGAGAGGGAAAAAGAGAGAGAGCGAGAAAAAGACCGUUCUGCGUCCAGUACCAGUCUGCCUCGCACUCCUUCAGAGGGAUACAUAGAGGAUUGUGCAAACAAGAGCUUGUCUGUUACGGAUGAUUCGAUCGCAGGUAGCCCUCGCUCUGUGUUGGCAGGGUUACUCAAAGAGCCCCGUCUCCUCGGGCGCUCGCACACACAUACCUUCUCCUCCUGUGAGACCCUUGAUGAUGGCCCUCUUCCAGCGGCAAAGCAGUACAUGUGGCAGAACCGCCCACUUUCCGAGUGGACCAAUCAGCAGAUCUGCCACUGGUUGAUGGGCAUGAAUAUGGAACAGUAUAUAGCUGAGUUCACAGCUAAAGGUGUGGAUGGCCAACAUCUCUUGUGCCUGGACAGCAGUAAACUUAAGGAGCUUGGCAUUUCUAGUCAAAGAGAUCGCUCCACUAUUAAAAGGAGAUUAAAAGACAUGAAGAAGGCUCAGGAAAAACUUGAAAAGCAGCAAGUAAAAAAAGAAAAAGAAAGGGGGAGAGAGAAAGAGGCCAAGAUUAAAAGCUGCCAACCAACGAACCUUGAAUCAGCCUGCUGAGGUAGUAACAAUGUCAAGGGCUGCAAAUGUGCACGCUCACCGUCCCAAGGAAUGAUAAUUUGUGCUGAUAGAAAUGGAGUAGACUGUCUCACACACACAGAUGAUUUGUAGACUGCUGAGAAAGUAACAACAUGGGUGAACACAUCAAAAUACCAGAGGUUUUCUGCCAGUAAAGCCUGACAGAACACAUAUUACUGUAAAUGUGUCUUUGAUAAGCUUGUUAUUAAUAUCUCAUUUUGACACAACCCAGGAGUUAAAGAAUUGAUUCCUGUCCAUCACACUGACAUUCAACAUGCAUAAUGGCACUUUGAGAAAAUGGGAACUUAAUCUAAUUAUCCAGAAAGGAUAUUUCAUUGCCUUUAACUGAUUUGCUUGAGGGCUAUGAGUGUUGAGUGUUAUAAGAUGCUGCACAUGGUACUAAAAACUAUUUUACAGCUGUCCACCAGAGGGCACCGAUGUUAAAUAUCUGCCAGUCAGUAAAGAUGCCGAGAUUGUUAAUCUCGUUCUUUAGAUUUAACCGGCAAACUAUCAUGAGCCAAACUGCUAGUGCACACUCUGCACUUUAGCCAAAAGUGAACUAACAAUCCACGUGUGAAUGUCUCAUGUGAUGUGCACACAUUCCCAGGGUUAAUAGAGCACAUCAGGUAAGCUUCGGCUCCCUCUCCUAGUGUGCACUUUUAAGUGAGCACUUCACCACCCUGGACUUUUCUUUUUUGGAAAGAAUCACCUUUUUUUAUGUCUACUGUACAUAACUCAUAGUAAUGUACAUUUUACUGCAGAGAGGAGAGUAAUUCAUUGUCUUCUAUGUCACAAAUGAUGAUUUUACAUGUGUAUUAAUAAAUAAAUAUUUUACAAUUAUAUAAUUUUAUUAUGUCUUUUUUAAUAAAUGUCUGGGACAUUUGUUUGUACCUUAUGACACGUGUAGCUGCAAAGAUAUUUCAUGAACUGUAAAUUAAAUUAUCUUUCAAAGCACACCUGACAUUUUGAUUCAGAUGUUUUGCGUCAGCUUAGCGAUCUACUUUAUGUGAUUUCAUAUCGACAUGUGAAAAUGCUUUAUUGACUUAGCCUUAUUAUUUGAUACUUUAUCUUGUGCAGGUUGGUAGAGGUACUAUUGAUGUAGGAUCCCAGUAACCUUUCAGUUUAUAAAUAAGCCUUUCCAGGUUUUCAAUCUAUAAAACUUAAAAAAUUUAUUUGACAUAGUAUGUUAUUGUUUUAAAUGUAGUGACAUAAUGAAAAAAGAUUAAAUUAUUUCAUUAUUAAAAUGUACAUGCAUUACAUGUGAAUUAAUUACAUUAGCUACAUGUGAAAUUUUUAAGCAGAGAGACUGAUACAGUAUUUUCUUGUAAAACGCACUCCAAUAAUCUGUUCACAACUUACAUUUUUAGUGUGCGUUUGUGUGAUAGCCUUUAGUCCAUACAUACGUACACUAGCAUAUUGCUUGCCUUAAAGCUAAUACACAUGCUUAUACACUAAUAUGCACAAAACUCAACAUUUUAUUUAAUGGCGUCACUAUUUUAUGAGAAAAUUAAAUAGUUGAGUUUCUGAUAAAAGCAGAACAUGUUUCACUAGCUUGAGCUUGUGAUAUUGGUGACUUGGUAAGACAGAGUGGAGGGCAUUCACUACGGCUGCUGCAUCUGUCUCAGUCUGAAUGAAUGCCUCAGUAUGAGUCUUGGUCUGUGUCACCUGCAUCAGUUUCUGUGCCUGUCUACCUCACAAGUCUACAGUCAUGGCCAAAAGUUUUGGCAGUGACAAAUUUUGUGUUUUGCAAAACCCCCAAAACAAGUUGUUUAAUUAAAAAAUGUGUACCUCAUCAAUUUAGGUCCAGCAAAAUUUUUUUAUGUCUAAUUAAUAUCCAAAUAUCUAAUAAUCAAUUUCAUUAAUUCAGUCUCAAUUUUGUGUGAGCUAAUAAAUUUAAGUAGCUAAAAUUCAGACAUCACCACUGACCAAUUCAACAAGUCACUUUACACAUAAACAGAAUGAAUACUUUUCAUUAUUUGAGCAUUUGCAUUGCCAAAAGGUGCUGUUUUAAAAAAUUAAAGCAACUUCACAUUCAUACAAAGAUAAUUUCAAAUGACCUUCAAAAAUUAAAAGAACAAGCUGAUCUUACAAUGGAUUGUGGCAGCCGAUAAUAUAUCAAACAUCUAUUUAUAACAAAGUAAUUCUUAAUAAAUCAGUCCCAGUUUUAGUAGUUUAAGUACAGUGGGGAAAAAACGUGUAUGAAAAUAAAAUAUGUACCUGAAUGGUUUUAACAAUAAA